AUGAAAAUGCAAUCCCAUGUGUCCUACCCGGGAAGUAACAGAAACCGCUGCGUAAAUGUUCUCAAAGUGUGGUCUCCUUUGCUCUGUUUGCAGGUGAACUCAGAAGAACAUGCUAAUGCCGAGGGUGAGGCCACUGUGUGGACACGCAUCAUCCCUGAAGAAAUUCUGGGAAAGAUCUCAGGGGUGAAGGAGGUUCCUGCAGAAAGGAUCACAGUUUGGAUUGAUCCACUGGAUGCCACUCAGGAAUACACAGAAAAUCUCCAGAAGUAUGUCACCACUAUGGUGUGUGUGGCUGUGGAUGGGGAUCCUGUUAUAGGCGUGAUUCACAAACCCUUCACUGGGUACACAGCAUGGGGUUUUGUUGGAGAGGGAUCCAAUGUGGCACCUCGUGCUUCCUACAACACAAACGUUCCUAAGGUGAUUGUUUCACGCUCACACUCAGGCAAGGUGAAGAGCUUUGUUCAGGUGGCCUUUGGCAACAAUACGGAAAUUAUACCAGCAGGGGGUGCAGGAUAUAAGGUACUAGCUCUUCUAGACCCCACUGAUGAAGAACAAGAGACAGCCGAUAUUUACAUCCAUGUGACGUACAUCAAAAAAUGGGAUAUCUGUGCGGGUGAUGCCAUCUUGAGGUCUCUUGGUGGUCAAAUGACAACUCUCAAAGGAGAGAAGAUUGAUUACUCUGGGACAGAGGGAAACAAGGGCGGCCUACUGGCGAGCAUUAAAACUGACCACAAGGCACUGGUGAAAAGACUUCCACCCUGGGAAGAGAGCAAACAAUAAUAAAUCACUGCCCGGUCCUGUCCCUAACACUCAUUUUCUUCGGUACCACAAAGUUGUGUAGAAAUAUGAGAAAAUAAAGAUUUGCUUGUGACACUAGGUGACUGAGCCAACAUCAGUGAAUGAGUGAAUAUGAGUGAGUUUGAAAACUGUUACAGGUUAUAAACAAAGGAAGUGUGCCUUUGGGUUGUACAGUUCAUUAGCUAUGUACACUGAAAAAAAUAA